UCUUACUCUCUAUAAAAACCGUAAACACAUUCCAGAUUCCUUCACUCUAAUUCUCUCUCUUGCUCAGUCCUUUCCUUCAAAAAUUCCACACACAUACACAGAAUACACACAGUGAAGCCAAAAAUUCAUCCAUGGCGGGCCUUCAACCCAACGAGUUUGAUACUCUUUGUUCUUACUCUAGCAAGAAAAGAAACUACGAACCAACGGAGAUUGAAGAAGAAGCAGCACUUGCCCUCUUGAUGUUAUCUCAGGAUAAUCAGAGUUGGCACACUAGUCCAGCCACCAGUGCCGCCGCCAUCGUUGAACUCAUAGAAGAUGUACUAAAUCACGCCGCCACUGCAGUCACUACCACCAGUGAAAGAACAGCCGCUUUAGCCUCCGCCGGCGAUGACAAGAAAUCAAUAGAACCCUUUUCUCCUACUAUUAUCGCUUCUUCGCCGGACCAGAAUAAGCCAUACAUUUGUAGUGUGUGCGGCAAGUCCUUUUCGUCGUACCAAGCACUCGGCGGCCACAAAACCAGCCACCGUGAUCGGUCUCAAUUUGCCACCACUACUGCAAUCACCAACACCUCUAAUAUGAUCUCUUAUGUCAACCCAAGCGGUAGGAUUCACAAAUGCAACGUCUGUAGCGAGAAUUUUACAACUGGCCAAGCUUUGGGUGGCCACAUGCGGAUGCACUAUGAAGGCGUGAUAAAGGGCGGCAAGAAAACAGGUUUGAUCAAAUCCAAGGGUGGCGCCUCCAGCCAAUGCAACAGCGAUGGGUGCACCAAUACUGUCGACUUCAACUUAAAUCUGGCGCCCGCGUUACCGGAGACUUACUCAGAUUUUACGCUUUACUCUGCCGAGAGAAUCCAGGUUCUUAGCGAUCAAAAGAAAGCAGAGAGUCGUAUUCCUUUCAAGAAACAGCGUUUGGAUGAAUGAAUGUACUAUAGAAAAUUGAUCCUGAAAAUUUAUGUAUUUUCUUUAGACAAAUAUUCUUGGGGAUCAAUUGUUUUUAUUCGUUUAAU